AGGGAGGAAAAGCAGCAGCAAGGCAGCCAGCCGCAAACACACAUUCCUGGAAAGACUGCACCGAUAGACCCAGCUGAGCUACCAAGUUGAGAGACUUCAGACCAGAGGUCCAUCAUCUCAGCGCAGCAAAGGAUCGUCUUUGGCUUCCAAUAAGGUAAGCAAGGCAUAAAAAUAAACUUCAAGUUUUCCAUCUCUCCUCCAGAAACAAAACUUUUCACCAGCAUCUAAGCUUGUAUAGAGAACCUCCCAGAGACACCUCUGUUACAGACGCUAGAUUUCCGUCUGCUUAAAGAAGCAGCAACUUUCCCUUCCUUCCUCCAAAUGCCCUGCCUGGAGAAAGUGCGAGUUAUCUUAUUUAUUUGUUUGCAGUGGCUGCCAAGGUUGGAGGCAGGCAGUGAUUGUUGCCCUUUUGGGAAGAAUGAAAGAAGGAAUUUUGAGAGGCAUCGCUGCGUGUCCCAAUGUUAAGCAGGUGUGGCAGGAAUUUGCAUCAUUUUAAACAACCCACAAAAAUCUGUUUGACCAGAAGUGAAUGAGUCAAAAUAAUGUGUGCCUGAAAAGGAAAGGAAAGCCUCUUUCAAACUCUCUUGAUAACAUUUGUCCGUCUGCAGCAUGAUACAUUUGAUAAAAGUGAGCCUUUGAGAUGCACCGAAUUCUCCUUUCACCAAGCCAGAACCUACUUCAGAAUUAUGGCAGUUCCACACCAUACAUUUAAAGCGCAUCCAUUGCACAAGUAAAGUUCAUGACUUCCCCCAAGGAAUCCUGGGAAAUGCAAUUUGUUAGGGAUGCUGGGAAUUAUAGCUAUGUGACAGGGCCAGAUUUAGGUUUGAUGAUGCCCUAAGCUCCUGAAGGUAAUGGGGCCCUUUAUAUGUCCAGCUGUCCUUUGUCAACAACAAAUUAUUACUGUUUUUUGUGUUGAAUGUAUUCUGUAUGGUAAUUUAUGGACCUACUAGGUAUCUAAAGCCAUUUGCACAUAACAAAAAGGAGCCUACACAACACAAAACACUGUUGCUGUAUGCAGGUUUUAUUUGUUUUUUAUCUUAUAUUUUGGAAAUGUACAUCCAGUUGUUUUUUUCUUUAAUUUUUUUUGGGGGGGGGCAAGAGAGUGGGGCCCUAAGCUAUAGCUUGUUUAAAUCCGGCACUGCCUGUGAGGGGAAACUAUAGUUCUCAGGAUUCUUUGAUCAUGGAAUUACAGAAUUGUAGAGUUGGAAGGGACUCAAGGAGCCAUCUGGAAUCUCAGCUAAAGCAUCCAUGGCAGAUGGCCAUUCAACCUCUGCUUAUGAGCCUCCACGAAGGAGAGUCCACCACCUCUCAAGGGAGACCAUUCCACUAUCGAACUGCUCUUGCUGUCAGAAAGUUCUUCCCGAUGUUUAGUUGGAAUCUCCUUCCUUACAACUUGAAGCCAUUGGCUCAUGCCCUACCCUCCAGAGCAGGAGAAAACAAGCUUGUUCCCUCUUCCAUGUGACAGCCCUUGAGGUAUUUGAAGAUGGCCAUCAUAUCCGUCUUCUCGAUGGAAAUCAAGUGCUUUAAGUGUGUGUUGGAUUUGCUUUAAGUUUAUGGUGUGGAAUUGUUCCUAUUCCUGAAUGAAGGAAGAGUCGUCUGGCACUCAAAAGCCAACCCUUCACCGACCACACAUCUGAUCUUAUAAAAAGCUGUCAUCUGGACCGCUUUAAUAAAAGGUUUUUCUGUUGCUAGGAACAAACCAAUCAGUGCUCUCUUGUCAGUGUCUGAGAACCAGCCUCUUCCAAAAUCAGUAUCAGUGUGGGAAAGCUUGAGGGUCACAGCUCAGCAGCACAGCAUGCAGGUUGCACGUAUAUGGUCCCAGGCUUGUAUUUUCUGGCACCAUCUUCGAUUAAAGGCUUUUGUGUGAAGCAGGGCUGGGAAAGAUUGCUGAAGAUAUUUUCAGAAUGGGCAUUAAAAAUAAUGUUGACCGUUUCCUGAGCUGCCCGUGUGAGCUGUAGCUCAGCACUCCGGUCCUUGGUUCAAUCCCUGACAUCUCUAGAUAAAGGAUUUCAGAUUGCAGGACUGCCUUUAAACCUUGGAGAAUCAACAGCCAACUGGAGUAAGCCAUAGUUUUAUAUGUGCAGAAAUGUGAAAUAUAAAUGUCGUUAGUGAGGAAACAGAUGCAUAGAUAACAGUGCAUGAAUGUGCUCUAGCAGCCACCCUUAUUUAAACCUGAGGCAUUUUAACAUACAAGCUCAAUGAGGUAUUCCUAAGUGCCUAGGACUUGCCGAUCAGAAGGUUGGCAGUUCGAAUCCCCAUGAUGGGGUGAGCUCCCGUUGUUUGGUCCCAGCUUCUGCCCACCUAGCAGUUCGAAAGCAUGUCAAAGUACAAGCAGAUAAAUAGGUACCGCUCCUGCGGGAAGGUAAACGGCGUUUCCGUGCGCUGCUCCGGUUCGCCAGAAGCGGCUUAGUCAUGCUGGCCACAUGACCCGGAAGCUGUACGCCGGCUCUCUUGGCCAGUAAAGCGAGAUGAGCGCCGCAACCCCAGAGUCGGCCACGACUGGACCUAAUGGUCAGGGGUCCCUUUACCUUUAAGUCUCUUAAGAGAUGGGUAGGAUGACAACUGUUUGAUUAUGGAUUUUAUUGGUUAGACUAGAGCUUUGUGCUGAUAAUGCCAAGAUUUCAAGUUCAAUCCCUGUAUAGGACAGCUGCAUAUUCCUGCACUGUAGGGUAUUGGACUAGAUGAUCCUGAGGGUUCCUUCCAACUCUGCAAUUCUGUGAUAUUAUUGAUUAUAUUAUCCACAGUUUCCUAAUACCAUUUUUUCCAGUAUUCAGGUGUAUCUGCAUUUAAAGAGACAAGGGGAGAUUUAAAAAAAGCUAUACUGAGGGCAUAUUUACAGCACUGUUCCUUUGUGUGCAUAUGGCUGAACUGUUGUGGCUUUCCUUAUUAAUUUCAGGAGUUCCUAGAAUCAUAGAAUUGUAGAGUUGGAAGGGACAGACCACGAGAGUCAUCUAGUCCAACCCCCUGCAGUGCAGGAAACGUUUGCCCAAUGUGGGGCUUGAACCCACGACCUGAACUCAGAUCUACCGACUGAGCUAUCCCAGCUAUUGUUCCAUGAAAUCUUGAUUCUGAGAAUCCUAAUUAAUUGAUUCUGAGAAUCAUGAUUCUGAGAAUCUUUUGGUAGAGAUCCCUGAGCUUUUUCACUAAGCUGCACUUUGCAGAAUUCCAUGGUUGGGAAAUAUGAGCUGUAGUGAAUGUUAGGCCUACUCCAAGUGGACCCAUUGACCUUAAUGGGCACGACUAACUUACCUCCAUUAAUUCCAAUGGGUCUACUUUGAGUAGAACCCAGGUGCACACAACCCAGUGGCCAGUGGUGUGCGGUGAAAUUUUUCAUAGGGGAACAGUUAGGGCAGGAGGUGCCAGGUUGCAAGGGCAAUAGGGGGGCUAUAUUGGGAACUAUAGUUCACCUUAGCCAAGGCCUUUGGGAGUAAGUACCUAAACCCAUUCACUAACAGCUGCUCUUUAGUGAGUUAUCUACAUACCCCGUUGAAGAGGCAGCAUUAUAAUCUCUGUAAGCCUUUUGAUUUAGCUUUGAGCAUUAAAUCAAAUGAAUCGUAAUUCUAGAGUGGUUUGUAGCUUAACUGUAGGAAUGUGCGGUAAGUAGUCAGGAGAGAUGGAGAGAGAGAGAGAGAGAUGAAUUAACAGCUAAUUCACUGCUUAUAUAUAAAUGUGCUAAGUGCUGUAAGCCCCGGUACACUGCUCUCUCCCCAGAUCCUUUCCUUAGAGAUGCCCGAAAUUGAGCCUGGUACCUUACGCAGGGCAUAGGUUCUCCUGCUGAACCUCCCCGAUUGGCCUGCCAGUCCUCUGCCUCUUCUUGCUUCCUUGCCAUUGCCUCACAUUUUCCUCUGCCUCUCUCAAUAGCAGCCAGUGCUUCUCUCCGAAGCCCCGUGUUUCUUUGUGACAGUGAUGCUCCUCAGGCACACACUCAUCUGUCGCUACACAGCGUUCUCAGUUGCCACUGAGUCGCAGGUCCACUGGGGAAAGGAUAACUCUGGGAUGGAAGGGCAGAGGGCCGUCUGCCCAGUGCCCUUUGACCGACCACACUUGCCUAAAUGGAAGCUGCUGUUAUAGUAUAAUACACCGUAUUUUUCGCUCUAUAAGACGCACCAGACCCUAAGACGCACCUAGUUUUUGGAGAAGGAAAACAAGAAAAAAAAUAUUCUGAAUCUCAGAAGCCAGGACAGCAAGAGGGAUCGCUGCGCAGCGAAAGCAGCGAUCCCUCUUGCUGUUCUGGCUUCUGGGAUAGCUGCGCAGCCUGCAUUCGCUCCAUAAGACGCACACACAUUUCCCCUUACUUUUUAGGAGGGAAAAAGUGAGUCUUAUAGAGCAAAAAAUACGGUAAUUUGCAGAAAGGGGUCAACCAAAAUAAUGAAAGGGCUCGAGCAAGUCCCAUGUGAGCAAAGCUUACAAUGUUUGGGCAUCUUUAACUUACAGGGGAAAGGCAGCUAAAGAAAGACAGGCAAGGGGCAUAUAAAAUUAUGCAUAGUGCAGAGAAAGUGAAUCAAGAGACGUUCUUCUCCCUCUCACAUAUUAGAACUAAUGAAGCUGAAGGGUUGUAGAUUCAGGACAGGGAAAAAGAGUUCUUCACACAGUGCACAGUUGUAGUCAUCGUAGUUAUUAAAAAGAAUUUAUAUACCACCUUUCAUUUCGAGAAGAGUCACAAGCAACUAAAAAACAAUGGCAAAAUAACAAGAAUAAAACCAAUUAUGAAAAUACAGUUGCCUUUGAUUAAAAUACAUAGAACUACAUUAAAAUAUCACACACACACACACACACGUUAAAACUAUGGAAUUGGCCAGCACCAGUUGUGAUAAUGGCCAUCAACUUGGAUGGUUUUUUAAGGUGGUUAAGAUAAAUUCAUGGAGGAUAAGGCUGUCAUUAUCUACCCAUCUCACUGAAGGCCUCCCAUUUCAGGUAUCAAAGGCAGUGAAUGGGGUACAUGAGUGUGAUUAGGACUAUUGCAUUCAUGCCAAUCUUGCAGGAUUCCCAUGGGUAUAUGGUUUCCCAUGAUAGGUAAAGGUAAAGGGACCCCUGACCAUUAGGUCCAGUCGUGACCGACUCUGGGGUUGCGGCGCUCAUCUCGCUUUAUUGGCCGAGGGAGCCGGCGUACAGCUUCCGGGUCAUGUGGCCAGUAUGAAUAAGCCGCUUCUGGCGAACCAGAGCAGCACACGGAAACACCAUUUACCUUCCUGCCAGAGCGGUACCUAUUUAUCUAUUUGCACUUUGACGUGCUUUCAAACUGCUAGGUUGGCAGGAGCAGGGACCAAGCAACGGGAGCUCACCCCAUCGCGGGGAUUCAAACCGCCGACCUUCUGAUCAGCAAGUCCUAGGCUCUGUGGUUUAACCCACAGCACCACCCACGUCCCUUUACAUGAUAGGAAAAGGAAUAUUGGACUAGACAUUCUUCUUAUCUAAAUAAGUAAACCUUUAAAAUCCCAAAUCAGUUAGGAAUCUUAGUGACUCACAUGGAUAGAAAAAAACAGCAACCCGUUCUUUUAAUAAUUCAGAGCCUAUACACAUACACACACAAAACCUCUUAUAAUUGAUGUGGAUUCAUAGCAAAGGGUUACAACUGUGCUAAUGAGCAAUGCAUAUCACACUUUCCGGUAUCGAUUACUCCUCCUUAAUUUGUUUCAGUGGAAUAAUCAGCCCAGAUCUACUAGUACUGAAGUCUCUCCACCAUUUCUUCUUACAGUUAACUUUUUGACCCAAAAUGGGAGAGCCCGACCACCUCUUGCCUUUUAAUGAAUACGGAGAGUACCACAACUUGACAGAGCUUGCCCACCUGCUCAACUACACCUUCAGCUACUGCAGAUUGGGGCUGGAUGAGAGCGUGAAGCGGGUGUUCCUCUUUGUCCUCUACCUCAUCAUCUUUGUGGUGGGGCUGGUGGAGAACCUUCUGGUGAUCUGGGUAAAUUGGCAGACCCGAAGCCACAAGAACCUGGUCAACCUCUACAUCUUCAACAUGGCCAUUGCAGACUUGGGAGUGAUCCUCUCCUUACCGGUCUGGAUGCUGCAAGCCAUGCUUGACUAUACCUGGCUCUGGGGGAGCUUCCUCUGCCACUUCACCCACUACUUUUACUUUGCCAACAUGUUCAGCAGCAUCUUCUUUCUCACCUGCCUGAGCGUUGACCGCUAUGUGUCCUUGACAACCUCCUCCCACUUCUGGCACCGACACCAGCACCUGGUGCGACGCAUUGCUUGCUGCUGCAUAUGGGCCUUGGCUGCCAUCGUCCCUUUGCCAGAGGUGUCCCACAUGGAGUUAAUUGACAGCACUGAGCCAGUAUGUUUCUUCAUGGCCCCCCUGGAGACCUACGACAUCUGGGCCAUUACUCUCACCCUGCUCACUGCCUUCAUUGGGUUCCUCAUUCCCUUCUUCAUCAUGGCAGUCUUCAACAUACUGACAGCGAGGCACAUCAAGCGCAGCAACAAGCCUGAGAGCAGGAAGCACUGCCGCGUCAUCUACGCCUACAUUGCCGUCUUCCUAGUGAGCUGGCUGCCGUUCCACCUGGUUUUGCUUUUGCUGACGCUCGAAGGUACCAGCAUCUUCCUCCACUGCCACUUUUUGGACUUCCUCUACUUCUUCUACGAUAUCAUAGACUGCUUCACCCUUCUCCAUUGCGUGGUCAACCCCAUCCUGUACAACUUCCUGAGCAAGAACUUCAAAGGGAAGCUCAUCUCUGCUGUGGUCAGGUACAUCCCCAAAGACCAAAUGGAUCGAAAGGGGGGCGAGGGUUCCUCUUCUAACACCCAACAUUCCAUUGUCAUAGCAAAAGAGAACACCUUGCCAAAUUAAAAGUGUGCUUGAUUUGGUUUAUUGCUGUGGUUCCACAACACGAUCCUGUGUAUUCAGACAUUCUCUCACUAGCAAAGGGCAGUCUUCAGUAAGAACCUCUCUGCAUACACAUCAGUGCUUCUUGAAAUCUUGGGAAAGCAGGGCCAUAUAGGGUGAAAUGUGGUGAUUAUAUGCUGCUGUGCCCUGUGUUUUCUAGUAACUCUCAUCCAAUCCCCCACCUCAAAAAAAUAACUAUGGAAAUAAAUGUUCUGAUUUCUGCU